AUGCUUUCAAGAACUUCGUCUUCUGUUUCUUCUUCUAUUAUUCAUCGUCUUCGCUCGUUAGCCUCUCCAAAGCUCCCUCUUUUAUCUUCUCUCUCUAUAUAUCGCGAUGUCCAGGCUUUUAACAUUUGCAAAUAUUAGGAAAGUUGCACAAUCUGCUAUUUCAACCCAGACAAGAAGCCGCUUAGAAUUUACGAAGUAUGGAACGGUUGUUACUGUUGGGUUGUGGUUGCCACAAUUUAGAGUGUACUCCCAGUAUUGGUUCAACAUUGGAGGAAGGGCUCCAUUCUUAUUGCAGAAUACUAAGGAAGGGUUGUGCCGAGGUUAUUUUUCGAGGAACCAUUCCUUCCUCUCUGCAAGUAGUGCAGUGACUCAUCAUGGCCAAGUUGCUUGGAAAAGGCUUACCCAUAAAUGUUCUGCCAGUAGUCGUAUGUUCCCUCACAUAGGCAGGAUUGCUCAAGCAGUCAGCUUAGCUCUGUACCGCUCGCACCUGAUAGUUCCUGGUAUUUUUGGCUUGACAUGGGGACGACUGGCAUUGUCACAGAGGACUUUAGUAGAGACAGAUUACUACCCAUCAUCAAAUUCUUUGUAUAUCCGUGCACAAGAUGGCCAUGCUUUUGUUUCCUCUAUGCUACUUUCAGUAGUAGAAGUUGUUAUCUUGCUGGUGAGGGCUCUCUAUCUUGCAGUUUUGUUCUCUCCAAGCAUACUAAUGGCACCAUUUGCUGGCUCUUGUGGUCCCCAAUUUAGGAAUGUGUGGCUUGAGGUUGUGCAUCGCACACUUGAAACAGCUGGUCCAGCAUUCAUAAAAUGGGGUCAAUGGGCAGCAACACGACCAGAUCUCUUCCCUAGAGAUUUAUGCACCAAGCUUUCAGAGCUUCACAGCAAAGCUCCGGAGCACAACUUUGCCUACACAAAGAAAACUAUUGAAAGAGCAUUUGGCCGCAAGCUUUCUGAAAUUUUUGAGGAUUUUGAAGAGGAACCUGUAGCAUCUGGCAGUAUAGCUCAGGUGCACCGGGCUUCUUUGAGAUUCCGCUAUCCUGGUAAGCAGGUCAAGCCCAUGGUAGUUGCAGUAAAGGUUAGACAUCCUAGUGUCGGUGAAUCAAUUAGGAGAGAUUUUAUGAUUAUCAACUUGGUGGCGAAGUUAUCAAAGUUCAUUCCAACUCUGAACUGGUUGAGAUUGGAUGAGAGUGUCCAGCAGUUUUCUGUUUUCAUGAUGUCUCAAGUUGAUCUUGCAAGGGAAGCUGCCCAUUUGAACCGUUUUAUAUAUAAUUUCCGAAGCUGGAAAGAUGUUUCUUUUCCUAAGCCUGUGUAUCCACUUGUGCAUCCUGCUGUUUUAGUGGAAACUUAUGAGCAAGGCGAAAGUGUUGCACACUAUGUUGAUGGACUUGAAGGACAUGACCGGAUUAAGACUGCACUUGCUCAUAUUGGAACUCAUGCACUUUUAAAGAUGCUUUUGGUGGACAACUUUAUUCAUGCUGACAUGCAUCCUGGAAAUAUCCUUGUCCGGGUGUCUCAGAGCAAGGCUUCUCGAAAACGGCUCUUUAAAUCAAAGCCUCAUGUCAUUUUCCUUGAUGUAGGCAUGACUGCUGAACUUUCUAAGAGUGAUCGAGUAAAUUUAUUAGAAUUUUUUAAGGCUGUUGCCCGAAGAGACGGUCGCACUGCUGCAGAGUGUACGCUUAGAUUAUCGCAACGACAAAACUGCCCAAACCCAAAGGCUUUUAUUGAGGAAGUGGAAGAAGCAUUCACUUUUUGGGGUACUCCAGAGGGUGAUCUAGUCCAUCCAGCUGAAUGCAUGCAACAACUGCUUGAGAAAGUACGGCAUCAUAAAGUCAAUAUUGAUGGCAAUGUAUGCACUGUGAUGGUCACAACUUUGGUUCUUGAGGGUUGGCAAAGGAAACUUGAUCCAGGAUAUAACGUGAUGCAAACGCUACAGACUCUACUACUCAAAGCUGACUGGGCAAAAUCUCUUUCCUACACUAUUGAUGGGCUGAUGGCUCCAUAAAAUAUUAUCUGAAGUACAGUUAGUUGAAUGCAUCAUUUCAAUAGAUCUCUAGGAUCAUGUGUUUCUCUUUCUAGAAAACAAUUUUGAUAGAGCUGAGACCCGAGAAUGUAACCGGUCCUGAAAGGCAUUAAAAAUAUCAUUUUUUAUCA